CCUGUCAGUCACACAGAACACGAACCAAGACAUGGUUCCCGACUGCAGGAGAAAACAAGGGCACUGGGCUGGAUAAUUACCCAGCCGUGAGGAUGCUGAGAGGCGCAGCCCUCCUCUGCCUUUCACCGCGGCUGAACUCUGGAUGCCACUGGAUCGCUUUUAUUAAGAUGCAUCCUUUGAUCUCUCUGCACCUGAAUGCGCUUGCUUUAAUUUGAUUUCAAAAGGUGUAAAUCUAGAUUAGAAUGAGGAUGCCAAACAUCUCUCAUCUGCUCUGCAGAAUCCGAUUAAAUGACAUUAGCGGGUUGAAUUGACAGAUUACUGGUAGUAUAAUUGCUUUCAUUGUUUUAAAGAUUAUAAAUUAUCUUUCAAAUAUUGGUGCAUCGUUUAUUGCGCUUGCAAAUCCGAUUCGUCUCGCAGGCAUCGAUCCAGGUAAACCAGCGCCAUGUUGACCAGCAUCACAGAGAGCAUCUUCUGCUGCCUGAUGGGAAAGACGACCAGCGUCGUGCUGCCGGUUGAAUCAUCCGACGGCAAGCCUGCAGACGGAUUCGAGUUCGUCGAGGUGAAGCCGGGUCGUGUGCUGCGCGUGCGCCACAUCCUCGCCGAACGGCCUGCUACGACAGAAGCGCAGCCAGAAGCGGGCAGCAGCGUCCACUGCAAGCGCAAGAUCACGGUGUACCGCAACGGCCAGCUGGUGAUCGAGAACCUGGGCGACGUCCUCCACUCCGAGAUCCUGCAGUGCCAGAACGGAGACGUGGAGCAGUGCAGCACAGUGGAGGUGGAGCUGUCCGAUUACACCACCGCCCCCUCGUCCCCGGAUCCCAAACCCGCUCCGCCACUUCCCACCUCAGACCUGCAGAAACCGGCUCCUCCGCCCAGACGCCGGCGGCGGAGACCCAAGCGCACCGUGCUGAUCGAUACGGAGCGCUGCAUCAGCAGCUGUAAGGGGACGCAUCCAGACGUAGCGCUCUUCUUCAUCCACGGCGUGGGCGGCUCGCUGGACAUCUGGGGGAGUCAGCUGGAUUUCUUUUCGCGGCUGGGUUACGAGGUCAUCGCCCCGGAUUUGGCGGGACACGGCGCCAGCACUGCCCCUCAGAUAGCGGCGGCGUACACCUUCUACGCCCUCGCCGAGGACCUGCGCGCCAUAUUUAAAAGAUACGCCAGGAAACGGAACAUCCUCAUUGGUCACUCCUAUGGGGUGUCGUUCUGUACGUUCCUGGCACACGAGUAUCCGGAGCAGGUGCAUAAGGUGGUGAUGAUCAAUGGAGGCGGCCCCACGGCCCUGGAGCCCAGCCUGUGCUCCAUCUUCCAGCUGCCCUCCUGCGUCCUGCACUGUCUGUCUCCCUGCCUGGCCUGGAGCUUCCUCAAAGCUGGUUUCGCCAGACAGGGCGCUAAAGAGAAGCAGCUUCUGAAAGAGGGAAACGCUUUUAACGUGUCUCCGUUCGUUCUGCGAGCGAUGAUGAGCGGUCAGUACUGGCCCGAGGGGGAUGAGGUUUACCACGCCGAGCUGACCGUCCCCAUACUGCUGGUGCAUGGCAUGCACGACAAGUUUGUGCCGAUUGAAGAGGAUCAGCGGAUGGCAGAGAUCCUCUUGUUUGCGUUCCUGAAAGUGAUCGAGGAAGGCAGUCACAUGGUGAUGAUGGAGUGUCCCGAGACGGUCAACACGCUCCUGCACGAGUUCUUCCUCUGGGAACCUGACAAUUCCAAAAAGGACACGGUUACCACGGUAACAGCCGACGAGGCCACAGCCGUCCAGACGCUCGCCGUCAGCACAGGGACGCCCAAGGUCAACAAGCCCCUUAACAAGUAACCUGAUGAUUGACGUUUUCGUGGUAAACCAAUCAGAAGGCUGUUGAUGGCAGGCUGUCAAACAAGUCACCUUGGCUGAGAGCUGGUUUUUGGUCAGAAGGCCUGAGCGGGUGUCCAGACGGGGGUGAGAAAGAUUCACUGGAUCGAAGAGACUCUCUAGCGACGAGGGAAAAGCAGCAGCUGGUUUUAAACCAACAAUGGUGGUUUAUGACAUCACAAUGCCUUUGUUUCUCUCUGCUACCUUUGGACAAUAUCUUUCCCUCUUGUGCCGUCUAAACAAAAGGACUGGAGGUCCGUUCCAGAAGAUGGAAACCAAGUGUGUCCAAGUCCAGACGGGACUGAACUACAAGACAGAGGAGGAGAAUUUGCCGAGGUUGCUUUUAAAAAACCCAAGAGACUGUUUAAAGUCAACAAGAAACCCAUUUUACUUCCAUAAUAUGACACAUUGGGCACAAUUAUGAAACACAGCAGUUGCUUUAAAAAUAAUGAGAACUAAUUAAUUGUGAUUGGAAAAUAACAGGGUUGUUUUCAUGCUGAAUUUAAAGGACGUUUGUACAAAAUCUGUUUUCAUGUCAUACUAGUACUAACACGUUUUAACGUCUUCCCUCAUAAAUCAAAUCCACUGCUUCGAGUUGAAGAGCAAUUGAAAACAGAUGUAUGAGACACUCAGUCCUGUUAAAACAUCUUAAAAAGAUAAGGUACUGUAAACGAACACACAUUUUACUUGAAACAAAUCGUUCGAGUUAAAAAAACAAAACAACAGAUGUCAGUUCACAUGAAGGAUAAAAGCAGCACGAGCGAAAACAUUGACCGGGAAAUUUUAUGCACUUGUUCGUCUCCUAGCAACUAGAAAGUCGGGCAUUAGAACAAAUGCACGGUGAGAGAGAGAGAUAUAUAAUGAUGCUGCUGGCCACAACAUGACACGGUGCUGAGGAAAAACAGGAUAUAAGCUAAAGUAUCACAGAGCAGAUUGCAUAUACAAAUCUGAAUUUAAUAUUGAAAUGCUAUUGUGAAUAUCUAGUCAUCAGGUUGAUCCAAUCAUGUGCAAUUAUGCUCUACUGUACGAGGACAGACUGUCUGUCUAUGCAAAGAAUAACUGGGGGCUUCUGCACGCAUCUGGCUGGUUACCAUGAAAACAGCUAGUCAAAGGUAAAAUGGAUCAAGGAGGAGGUCUGGUCCAUCUAACCCUCCAUCACUGGAGAUAAUAAAAAAAAACAUAAAACAUCAUGAGAUCUCUGCAGGCUCCUCACGUUUAUGCAACGAAAGCAGUCAAACAUCACGUAUCAGAGCAGAUCAAUUGGAGAAAUUGUCAGGUUUUUAUGUAACUUAAAAUCCUACUGAUUAUUUGACAAACCGUAGUUGCUUUUAACUAAUAAUUAAUAAGAGAAAGGCAAUUCAAACGUCCUGAUAGAUUAGUCCUGACAAAAAAAAAAAACAGACUUUCAUGUACGUUACAGUUCAAAAGAAAUAUUUUAUUUUUUAAAAAGAAAUGAAUACUUUUAUUCAGCAAGGACGCAUUAAAUUGAUCAAAAAUGACAGUAAAGACGUUUAUAAUGUAACGAUUUCUAUUUCAAAUAAAUGCUGUUCUUUUGAACCUUCUAUUCAAAGAAUCCUGAAAAAAAUUUAUCAGUUUCCACAAAGUACAAAUAUUGUACAGCACAACUGUUUUCAACAUUGAUAAUAAUCAGAAAUGUUUCUUGAGCAGUAAAUCAGCAUCUUAGAAUGAUUUCUGAAGAAUCAUGUGACACUGAAGACUAACUGAAGAGUAAUGAUGCUGAAAAUUCAGCUGCGCAACACAGGAAUAAAUGACAUUUUACCAUAUAUAACAUAUAUACUACAAAAAACAGUUAUUUUGAUUUAGAAUUUAUUUCACAAUUUUACUGUUUUUACUGUAUUCCUGAUCAGAUAAAUGCAGCCUUGGUGACUUUCCAAAAACAUUAAAAAAAAAAUUCUUACAGGCUCCAACUGUUGAAAGCUACAGUAUCGUAACUGUAAAUUCCCAUUUCAACAACACCACAAUUAUGCAUUAGAACAAUAAAAUGCGCAGACGUAAUUCUCAUAAUUCAACUACUGAUAAUAACUGAACACACGUCCUUCAGGAAGGAAAUUUACACUUUUUUAUUGAUUUAUUUUACACACUCGCUGUGUGAAUGAUAUGAGAAUUGAAGCUAUCUGAAGGAAAAACUGUGGACUGAAUUGCGAGUGAAUGAGUUUGUCUACAGUGAUUACAGCUGGAUGCCGGUGUUUAACAACAAUCCCAGUGUUACCAGAGAGAAGCUUCUAGCAUCUUAUUAUUACUGAGACUACUUAAGCCCUACGGGUGGCAUCUGUGGCCUGCUGCCGUUUAGCACAGACAGUAAUCUCAUUCUUCAGUUUGUAAAAACAACAACAAAGCAUUUACAGUGAUGCACCUACUGUACAAUCCGUGUCUGUGGAAGGUUACUGGAUUUUACAUUGUCAGAAUAAGUCAAAAUAAUCGUAAUAUGUCACACUAUUGUCAUGUUAACAUGUACGAUGCUUAAGUCCUGUGACUUUGUUGAAAACAGUGAAUAUUUUAGCAUUUAUUCCAGUGCAGACUUCCACUGAAAGUGCAUUACUGUACAUGCGUCGUUCCUUGUUUUUGCAAAAAUGAUACGAUAAACAAUUCCACAGAUGUUGCUCAUUCAGCUUAAGUUACACCAAGCCCAGAAUAUUUAAUUAAACGUUACUUGCAUUGACAAUUUCACUGUAAUGCAACGCAGACUGACUUUCACACGAUAUGAAUUUUAUUGCAGCCACUCCUGUGAAUUAGAAAACUAAAAACAUAGGUGUUUUACUGCCUUCUAGAUAAAACAGCAUAUUUUUUCAUUUGUGUAAACGAGCAGUAUAUGCGCAUCCCUUUUGGAUUUAUCUGGCCUUAUCAAAGGGAUGGAAAUUAUUUCUCUGACAUUUGAUUGGAGGAAGGAUCACUGACAAUUUUAGAGAGUUUGUAGCUACAUGGUUUUAAUAUCAUAAAGAAAAUAUAUCCCAAAGAUUUAAUGUUUACUAAGCAUCAAUAUUUAGCAUUGGCUGAGAAAAAAAAAAAAAAAAAAUUAAUAAUACAA